AAUGGAGAGCCGCUCAGUCACUCAGCGCGAGACCGAGAGAGAGAGAGAGAGAGAGAGAGAGAGAGAUAAAGAAAGGAACGGGGUUUUGUAUAACCGCUGUAAAAAUGUUGUCGCUUUCUCUGUGGGGCCACUGAGUGUGAGAGGUAGCCCGAGAAACUGGUCGUGUAUGUGACCGGAAGGAAAGCGGAGGACAGGGUGAACUUGGCGAGUGAUGCGGUUUUGAGCUGUGAGCGUGAGAGCGCGCGAGCGAGCGAGCGAGCGAGUGGGUGAGCGCGCGCGCGCGGAGCCAGGCAACUUUCACAUGGCGUGUUGAGCAAAGCCGGGAAGGUGCUCUUCCUCGAGCCGCUUUCUUUCCCUGUGCAACUAAACGGAUACGCGUUUUCUUUCUUUCUUUCUUUUUUUUGCUCUUUUUUUCCCUUCACAGAGACAUGAGUGUAUCCACUCCACUCUGGCUCUGAACAUGUGGAGGAGGAGCGGGAGGCUUAUUUACUAAAAGUGCCAUUUUUGCAAGUUGGACGGAUUUCAUCGCGUGCUAUCGACUGUGAGCAAAGUUUUUUUUUUUCACUUCUUGCAAGUUGGAAUGGAUCUGAAAGCUAGUGGACUAUACAUUCGGCUCGCCCUGCGUGAAACACGGCUCGACACGCGAUAUCUUUAAAAUCGCAUCAUCACCACCACCACCAUCAUCAUCAUUAUCAUCAUCCUUAUUAUCAUUAUUAUUAUUUUGGCACGUGCGCCGAUCAUGUUGGCCAUGCAGCACGCUGUAGGUGUGAGCUCGCGCGACGUCAGUGCUCUCAAGUUGACGCUGUGAGUUUGAAUGGAAACUGAUGAGCUCUGAAACACUGUAUUAACCUCGUGCGUCGCUUCACUCUUUUUCCCCCCGUCUUUCUUUCUCUCUCUCUGUCCCAAGACUCGAUUGAAGACUGAUUGAAGAUUGAAGAAUGUAAUGACUGCUGUUCUUGAAAGCUUUAUUCCUGCACAUAAGCUAAGCAGCUAAGCACACUGCAUCUGAUCCUAUAGCUAAAGCACAGAGACAGAUCUGCUCUUCUUCUGCUUCGUUUGGAUUGUGAGUGAGCAGGAUGGACAAACACUGUGUGGUGUAUCAGAUGGAGUUGACACUUUUGAUGAUCGCAGUGCUGUUUUGGGUCACAGUUUGGGCGGACGACAGCAAGAUCAUUUCAGACAGAUAUGCUGUGUACUGGAACAGCACGAAUCCCAGAUUUGUACGCGGUGAGUACACAGUGGAGGUGGCCAUCAACGACUACCUGGACAUCUACUGUCCGCACUACGAGACGCCACUCCCGCCCGAGCGCAUGGAGCGCUACAUCCUCUACAUGGUUAGCUACGACAGCUACAUCACCUGCAACCACCUUAUCAGAGGCUUCAAGCGCUGGGAGUGCAAUCGGCCACUGAGCCCCAGUGGGCCACUCAAGUUCUCAGAGAAGUUCCAACUCUUUACACCCUUCUCGCUGGGCUUCGAGUUCCGCCCAGGACACGAAUACUACUACAUCUCGUCUCCACAUCCAAACCUUGCUGGAAAGCCUUGCUUGAAGCUCAGAGUGUAUGUCAAGCCUACAAAUGACUCAGUGUACGAGUCGCCGGAGCCGUUUCUGACAGAUGACACCAACAGCGGUCACUUCCUGUCCCCGUGUCUCUUUCUGUUGUUGCUUGCGCUCCUCAUGCUCUUCAGCUCCUCCUAGCACUGUGGCUCUUCACAGCACAGCAUACACCCACUCACGCACACGCACACGGGCACACACACACCACACACACACCACACACACACACACAUACACACAUACAGACAUACACAUACAUCCCAAUCCAGCAUGCAGCUUAGCAUUGCUGAUUCUCCCCAAACAAAAAAAAAAAAAAAAAUCCCAUAAACCGCCCACUACAUAUACUCUCUCUUGUCCAUUCAGUUCUGAGCAUUGCAUCUUCAUCACAUCAUCUUCAUCUGAUGAUAAAAGACUGCCAUUGAGAAAAGACUCAUUUGGGGAAAAGAUGUAUAUGAAAUAUGAGAAAAGACUAAUUGGGGGGGGAAUGUUGCUUCUUCUGUCAUGCACUAAGUGAAGAUGGCUAAGUGUGCUCUAUGAUUUUGCUCACAAGCAUCUGAAACAUCUGCGUGUUUGUCUCUACCGACGUGCCCCAAGUAGAAACCACCCGUCUAACCACCAUCGAUCCUGUGGAUGUAGUUACUGUACAGCAUUUCUGCGCAGCAUUUAGAGAAAGAGUGCAUUUUGCAGGGCAUGUGUACCUUUCUCUGAGCAAUCCCCAGCGCCUUUACUGAAAAGAAAAAAAUAUAUAUAUAGAUCUGAAGAAGAAUCCAGGAAGUAACUUCAGUAAAGAAAGUGGAUGUAGUAAAAAAAAAAA